AUGGCUGCGAAGUCCUUCCUCCCGCUGUCCGCUUGCCUCCUGGCGCUCCUGCUCUUCUCCGCCGCUUGGAAGACCGACCGCAAACCCAAGAUCUACGGGAAACGCCUCUCGUCCAAGCACCUGAACACCGACCUCCACCGGGUGAGGAAGAGAAUCCUGUCCUACCACAACUAUUACCGAAGUUCGGUGAAGCCCCAGGCCUCGAACAUGCUCCGGAUGACGUGGAUGGAUGAUGCAGCGAAGGCAGCACAGAAGUGGGCAGAAUCCUGCCAGCUUCUGACUCACGAUUCAAUUAAGGGGAGAUGGACGAGGCAGUUCGGCUCUUGCGGACAGAACAUCUUCAUCUCCACCCACAAGGUCCCAUGGGUGUUUGCCGUGAAGACGUGGUUUCUGGAGAAGCAGAACUUCACGUACGGAUCGCCGGACAACGAGCUCCCCCUGGUCGGCCAUUACACGCAGCUCGCGUGGGCCUCGUCACACAGACUGGGAUGCGGGGUGGCGAAAUGCAACCACGGGUCCAAGGGUUACUUCAACUACGUCUGCAACUACUGCCCGAUCGGGAACAUCCCGUCCAGGCUGGGUCGCCCGUACGAGGCGGGAGAGCCGUGCUCGGGGUGCAGGGACUCGUGCCAGGGGGACAUGCUCUGCGAUAACCACUGCCCCGUUGCGGAUUUCUGGGUCAACUGCCGGGAGCUGAAUGCCACUUGGCACGAUUGGCUCUGCGAGUCGGACAAGAAGAGGAAGCAGGCCUGCCGGGCCACGUGCUUCUGCGGGACCCACAGGAUACAUUGA